GGCGUAUACUAAGGUGGUCGAGCAUUUAGCGUGUAAGAGUGACAUUACCAUGUGUGAAUUAGCGUCUUUAUAUUUAUAUGCUAAAUAAAAUAUCCCAGCAUUCUAUGGUCUGGAUACUGAAAAAGCCUUUUCAGGCUUCAAGUCGUUCAAUGAAAACUGUUUAAAUAAUGCUAGUGAUCUAAAAAUAGCUCUGUGACGAAUGGUUCUAGGCAAAUAUUCAUCGUUGUGUAAAAGUCUCUUAUAGGUUUGAUCUAUUUUUUCCCUGUUUUGUGUGCUGUGCUAGUAUUAUCGUAUUAUCAUUGCUUAUUUCCGAUUUUUAACCAGCAUUGUUUUUUAGGCUCAAACUUCACUUGUGUGAGUGGACAUUUUAUUUCUAAAUUACAGCCUGUUACUUUCCGGACAAAUCUCAAUCUCAAUGUCGUGUUGAACUGGGCAACAUUUCUAUUUCCUGUACUCAUUGCUCUACGAUAGAAAUUCUUUUCACACAUAAAGCAAAUAAUUAUUCAAUUUUAAUAACUCCGUUUAAAAUAAAUUCAGAUGUAACCUGAAGAACAGUUUAAAAAGAAAGCAGAUUUUGUAUUUUAGAUAACAAUGAAGGAAGGCUGUCUACAUACUGUGUGUGUCUUGGUGGCUGUGUUCAGCUCAGUAGCCAGGUCUCUGAAUUACAAAAGCAAUGUGGCCAUCAUGAAAGAGGUUGUCGAACAUGAAGACUACCGCACGGAUGUCCGGCCACUCAAAGACCAGGAAAAGGCCAUCCAGGUCUCCGUGGACUUUGAACUGGUCUCAAUUGUGGGUAUUGAUGACGUGGCUCAGAGCUUCAUCGUCAACGGUUUCGUCUUCUUUCUUUGGAAUGAUGAGAUGUUAACUUGGGACCCAAGCAAAUACGAUAAUCAAGCAAUUAUCCAUCCAAUGCCAGAGAAGAUUUGGAGACCCCGAGUUCUCUUGCUGAAUACUUUAGGUGAGAGGGACAUCUUUCAGGAAGACGAUUUAGCGCCAGUCACUGUGGACGCUAACGGAACUGUCAACUGGGUGCCCGGAAGCUUAUUCCCCACUUCCUGUGAGUUACAUCUGUCAGAUUACCCUUUUGAUGAACAGAAGUGUACCAUCAUUCUGAUUGCAACGAUGUAUGAUGCAAGUGAACUUUCCUUUGUUGCAAUCACCGACAAAGUUCUACUGGAUUUCUUUAUUAAACAUGGCGAGUGGGAGUUGAUUGACACAGACAUUAGUACAACCAGUCUUUCUACUUCAACAUGGGAAGGAUCAUCCAUCCAAUUUACAUUUAAACUUCGAAGACGACCAGCAUUUCUGCUAAUCAACAUUGUGUUACCAGUUGUCUUUCUUUCCUUUCUCAAUCUCAUGGUGUUUAUCAUACCUGCUGACUCAGGGGAGAAGAUUAGUUACGGCAUAACUGUGCUGUUAGCGCUUUCUGUGUUUCUAAGCAUUGUGGGCAGUCUGCUGCCCAGAUCAGGGGCUAGUACUCCAAAACUGACCAUCUACCUCUUUAUGCUUCUGAUUAUCUCCAUGCUGACCGUCAUCGACAGUAUUAUAAUAGUCUAUCUGGAUUACAAAGAUGAGCAAGAAACGUCACAACUGAAAGCCAAAGCCAACUUCCAGAGCGCUUUCUCGAAAACUCAAAAACUGACACGAGCAGUUUCAACUUUCCUGAACAAAAAGCCAGCAGACGAGAUCACAAAUCACCAAGGGGAUUUGGCGUCACGUGACAAUGUAACGUCAUUUGCUGACGCGGUAAGGCUGCGGAGCCAAACUUCCGUUGACGCCAAAGAUGAAGCCAAAGAUGCGAAAGAUAAAAAGCCGCCUCGCAGAGUCAAUAAAUACAGGCUCAUCGGCAAGCACAUUGACUGCGUAUCGUUCAUUGUCUUUCUAUUUCUAUGGAUUCUGGUCACUUUAAUUUUCUUGCUCACGAUGGCCUACGGUAAAGAUCUAAACCUAUAGAUCUAGCUAUUCAUAUGAUUACUAAAUAUGUAUUUUACACUGACAAAUUGUUUGUAAAUAAAAUAUUGUAAAUAAAUUGUAAAUUAGACCUAACUAAUUGAUAUGUAUUCAUUAUAUUUUUCACAUGUAAAAACGUCUUUGAAAAA